CCUUUUCCCGUAGCCGUGCUACUGUCAAACGGCCGCUUCCUUGCCCGCAUCAAAGAUGAUUCCGUCCUCUUCUCAUGCUCCUAGAUGCUAAAUGGGAGGUUUUAAGCAACUCUUGCUGAAUAAGGUUCGGGCAAAAGCUUCCCAGCUCCCAGGCUGUUUCUUGUGCCUCGGUCGCUACUUUUUGGGAAGGCGACCGGUCCCCGAGUAAGUUUAGGGUUAUUCUUUCUGGAUUCCCUUUGCCCCCGCCAUUCACCUCACGAUUAAUUUCUUGGCGCGCUCGUUCAAGUUCGAGUUUAGAGCAGAGGAAGAAGGGAGAGCUGGCAUAAGCAUGGCUGCAGAACCUUUCCUGAGGGCUUGCCCUGCUCCAGCUGACAGGGCUCAAGCGGAAAACCAAGAGGGAGACGCCGGGAAAAGGAGCAAGCAGGCAGCCGCCAAAGCCCGCUGGACACUUCUCAGACAGGUUUUGAAGCAAAAGCCCUUGGAGAAUGCCAACCUUCAGCAAAUAUCAGUAAGACGAUUUGCUUCAUUUGGCCUCUUUUCAAUAACUAAGGACAGUAACGUGAUAGAAGAUGACUCAAGAUCUUGGUUUCAGUACAAAAGUAACUAUUAUCCUGACUAUAUUAUAUCAUUAAGAUGCAACAGCAAAUUAUUAAAUGUUGAAGAUGUUCUGACAAGCUUUGACAACACAGGAAACGUUUGUAUCUGGCCUUCUGAAGAAAUACUAGCUUACUACUGCCUCAAGCACCAUGAAAUUUUCAGGGGCCUUGCUGUGUGUGAGCUGGGGGGUGGCAUGACAUGCUUGGCUGGGCUUAUGGUUGCUAUUUCUGCAGAUGUCAAAGAAGUUCUGUUAACUGAUGGAAAUGAAAAGGCUAUCCAAAAUGUAUGUGAUAUCAUCACAAGAAAUAAAAAAGCUGGAGUGUUCAAAGCUAAAGCCAUCUCAAGCAGCAUUUUACGAUGGGAUAAUGAGACAGAUGUCUCUCAACUGGAAGGACAUUUUGACAUGGUUAUGUGUGCUGACUGCCUGUUUCUGGACCAGUACAGAGCUAGCCUGGUGGAUGCAAUAAAGAGAUUACUUCAUCACAGUGGAAAAGCUCUGAUAUUUGCUCCACUUAGAGGAGAUACUCUAAACCAGUUCUGCAGUCUAGCUGAAAAGGCCGGUUUUUCUAUCCAAAGACAUGAAAAUUAUGAUGAACGCAUCUCAAACUUCCACUCUAAGCUGAAAAAAGAAGAAAAAGAUAUUUAUGAUCCAAAUCUCCACUACCCAUUUUUUCUUGUUUUAACCAAAGAAGGAUAGAAUAUGGGAAAACAAUAUUUUUUUACUACAAAAUGGACUGUAUAUAAUAAUUUCAUGGGAAAGGUAAACUCUGAGCGAUCAUUCUCAGAACUUUGGGUUCAUUAUAUUAAAAAAGAGAGCUGGAAGUCUUAAGAGCUCUAUUUUCCUUUGUGGCUGUCAUUUCACACAUGACUUCUUCAUUGUGGCAAAAAUGUUUUUUUUUUUCUGUUGCAUUUGGAAGAAUGUGUUUGACCAACUGCAAAAUGCUAAAGGAUUUAUUGUUCAAGUAAGUGAAAAAAAACCAGAUGCUGAUAUCUGUUCAACAUUUGAGAUCAUAUCAUAUUUUAUGAGGGGUUCAUCUUAUCAUUAUCCCUUAGCCUAUUUUUUUGAAAAUUACCUUUUGGGUUUUCUUUUUAGAAUGAAAUUUUUCAAACAGUUUGUUCAUCUGACUUUUUUUUUACAACAGGAUUUGGAAUUUCAGAGUUUUAUUGU